AUGACAGCGCCGCCAACAGAUGUAUUUGAGAUCGAACCCUCUGCCACUGAAUUCGCGGUCUCAAAACGGGCAUAUCUGGAGUCCCGACCAGAAGCCUCAUUUGCAUACAUUGCCACGAGUGCGCUGGUCUUAGACAACAGUGACCCAGCACCCCGCAUUCUGCUCCUUCAGCGUGCAGCCAGCGACUCGGAUCCCAAUAAAUGGGAACCUCCAGGUGGCGCUUGCGACGAUGAGGACUCAAGCAUAGUGUAUGCUGCUGCGCGCGAGCUACGGGAGGAGGCUGGCCUCCAAGCAGUUCGAGUUGGAGGCCCCGUUGGAGAUCCGCAUUUCUUCACUCUCAGCAAUGGGGGCAUAGUAUGUCAAUUCAACUUCGCUGUACACGUCUUGGGUGAAGAAGGGACAAAGUUGAUGGUGAAGCUGGACCCCAACGAACACCAGAAUUUUGUAUGGGCAACCGAGGAUGAAGUCCGGGCGGGAAAAUCUGGCAAUGUUGAUCUGCACUUCACGAGAGGAGAAGUUGAGCGCACCGUACUCUCAGCUUUCUAUCACGCGCAAAGAGGUACAGCAUAA